UAAUCCGUGUUUUUCUACCCAACCAGGUAUUGAGCAGAGUAUCGAACAAGAGGAAGGACUGAACAGGUCAUCUGCCGACCUGAGGAUAAGGAAAACUCAGCACUCGACGCUGUCACGCAAGUUUGUGGAGGUGAUGUCUGAAUACAACGCCACGCAGACCGACUACCGGGAGCGCUGCAAGGGCAGGAUCCAGCGGCAGCUGGAGAUCACUGGCAGGACCACCACCAGCGAGGAGCUAGAGGACAUGCUGGAGAGUGGCAACCCGGCCAUCUUCUCCUCUGGGAUCAUUAUGGAUUCCAACAUCACCAAGCAGGCUCUGAACGAGAUCGAGACGCGACACAGUGAGAUCAUCAAACUGGAGAACAGCAUCCGAGAGCUGCAUGACAUGUUCAUGGACAUGGCCAUGCUGGUGGAGAGCCAGGGUGAGAUGAUCGACCGCAUCGAGUACAACGUGGAACACUCUGUGGACUACGUGGAGCGAGCUGUGUCCGACACCAAAAAAGCGGUGAAGUACCAGAGCAAAGCCAGACGGAAGAAGAUCAUGAUCAUUAUCUGCUGUGUGAUCCUGGGUAUCGUCAUUGCCUCCACCUUCGGCGGCAUUUUCGGCUAGACUCCCCUGACAGGACUGCUUGUGUGUGACGGACGGAGCCGCGCGUGUUGUGGGGCCGGAGCGAACCACGCAGCCCCGGAGCCCCCCAGCAGCAUUUCAGUUUCUAAUGCAUGGUUGUUUGUGAUGCUGUGUGUGCGGUGCGGUGCAUCUAUGUGGAGGGAGCGCCGGCCCCGGGGCGCAGAUGGGGUGCAGGGGACGGUGAUGGGUGUGAGGGGGACCUUUGGGGCAACCCAAGCUCUCAUCACUGCUUGGCCUGGGAGGCUGUCGGGAGUGGGGGAACAGAGGUACCGUUGGGCACUGUGCCGGGCCAGGAGCCUGUCGGUGACACCCAGAGAUGAGACCAGCAUAGGGUGUUACAGGCUCCUCAGGAACACAGAGCCCAGUCAGCCUCCCCCCAGUUUUUCCCGUCACCUCUGGCCAAAGCUCUCAUGUCUGUCAGCCGCAUCUGUGCUUGCAAACCACUUUCAUUAGGCUGCUUUUCCUACAGGGCGCUUCCCAGGGCUGUGCUCUGCCAGGCCCUCCAUCCCUGCUGCCCUGCUGCAGGUGCCCGGUGCUGCUGCUGGGUGUGCUGCUGCUGCCAGUGGGUGCUGCAUGGUGGGUGGUUCUGUUCCUGCCCUGCCCAAUGGAGCAGCAUGGGGUGAAGAGCUGCUGCUCGGGUCCAUUGCUGAAGCCUGGGGAUGGGGACAGCUGCAUGGGCUCAGUGCUGCAGCCCAGCACCGGGCUGGCAGAGCAAAAGGUCACAGGGACUUUAAGGGCAGUGAGUUUCACUGGCUACUUGCCCUGCUCCACAUCUUCCUUGUUCUUUACUCAGCUCUGGCGCACAGUGACCCGGCUUUUACCACCCCCAGGCCUGGGCUCUGGUUGUCAGUGUUUGGGGAUAGCUCUGACACCCACAGCCCUGGUGGUGCUCGCUAGGAGCCAGGCUGUGGCCAGCGCUGUGCCUCCACAUAGUGCCCUUGGGCUGAGGGUUGGAGGCAGGAGGGCUUGCUCCUGUCACAGUCCCAGGAAGCAGCCCUUGUUGCAUCCACCCCCACAAACUAGGAGCAGCAGCCUUCCUUCUCCUCCUCUUCCUCCUCCUCUGUGCCACCAACUCCUGAGUAGGGCAAUGCCUGACUGCUCCUUCCAACUCCGCCACAUCUUAGCAUCUGCUUGCCACUUUCUCCUGGGACAGUGCCCUACUGCCUGCCCUUCACCUCACCUCACCUCACCUCACCCAGUGAGACACCCACACCAACAAGUGGGUUGCAGCCGUGUGCUGCCUGCUGCAGGUGACCUGAGACUGCUGCAGCAGAGAGGCCUGCAUUGCCACCGAACUGUCGUCCCUGUGCUCCUGCCUCAGGAUGGUUGCAGGGCUCUGCCCUUGAGUUCCUCAGGGGACUGCAGUGCUGUGGCUUGCUCACAAAGUGCCAAAGCACCAUGGAGGAGCCUGAGCAGGGCAGGUGCCUGGUGCCAAGCUUGCAGUCAUGCACUGGGGCAGAGGUUGGAUGUGAGCCCAGGCACUGAUAGCAGAAAAGGGGCACUGUGGCAGCACACACAGCUGCAGGCAGAAUGCUCUUUCCCCACUCCAACCAGGUCCAGACGAGUGCACCCAGCCUCCACAUUCCACAAGGGGCUGAGGGGCUCGAGCUACGAGGCAGGGUGAGGGUAGGCCUUGCUGGAGCUGAGCCCUGCUCCCACCCAGCUCCAUCCUGUCUGGUGCUGCAGUGCUGGCACCAGCCUUGCACAGCGUGCUCUCAGAUGGAGGGUACAGACCAUUGGCCACAGCUAGGAUGCAGCGCUCCCUGUUCUACCACGUGGCCCCUGCUUGCGUUUGGCUGCUGAUGGGGAGCAUGUCCAGCUUGGCCCCUCGUGCCACCCAGCCCAAGCUCCCAGCAGCUGUGGCUGUCAGACCAUCCAAGAUUGGAGCCCCCUUCUUUCACAUUCCUGUGGUGACUGGUGUGAGCUCCAGUGCUGCAGCCUGCAUGGGCACGAGGGUCUGGGGCACUGGGAUUGCUAGCAGGGUGUGAAGCUCCCCUCCAACGUGGCAGUUGGGCAUGGGCACAGCCCUUGCUUUGUGGGCAUGUCUGGCUAUGGGGGACAGAGCUGGGGCUGACGUGCCCCCAUUGUGCAAGUGCCUGCUCCUGCAGUUUGCACAAUGCCGUAUUGAGGGAGGGAGAGCACCAGGCCCCCCAUGGGAAGCAAUAACACUACUGCUGGUAGCACUGCUCCUAGGCAGGCAGGCAAGAAAGUUCAUCUCAGGCUCUCCCCAUAGCAAUGCCCACUGCUAGCACAAGGGGAUACUUUUCUUCCAACAAGUGGUUCCUGUGGCACAAGCUCACAUGACAUCAGGGCUGCAGCCUGCCCCAGUAAAGGCACAAGGCCCAGAAUAGUGCUGGAACAAGUGUUCCUUGUGAGUGCUGCCACUUUCAGCAGCAAAGCCGUGAUUCUGCCACUGGCACUUCACUAGGUCUGUGCAGGCAGCAGUGGCUGCAGGCUCUGACAUGAGGGAGGCAGAGGAGCACACUGCCAUCGCUGCCCCGCAGGCUGUCUCGCACUGCCCUCACUGUGAGGGGAGGGUGUUUUGGUGCAAUAAUUACCCCUGCACUACGGGAAGCCCCGUUCAGUUCCUUUUUACCUGCCUGUCAUUGCAUGUACAGACCAAAUCACCAACAGUGUGGUUGUGCUUUGGGGAAACAUUUCACUUUUUCUUUCUAACCUCCAACCUCAGCCCACUUGUCCUUUGGGUUCCACCACCUCUGUUCCAAGUGCCACCUGCCCUUCCAGCGCUGGGAGCAUGUCAAUGCAGUAUUUUACGAGCAGUGUGGGGCACACACAGCUUGCACUUGAACUGAGGAUUGUUUUGGUUUUUUUUCAGUUGUUUUGUUUUAUUAUUUUUUUUUAGUAAGUAACGUACUUGAAGGCUUUCCAAGCCUCCUGUGGAGUUGUACUGUUGCUGUACUGUGAGCUAAGUGUCCUUGUUUUCUAUGUGGAUCUUGACCCUGGCUUGCUCUGUCUCACUGGGCUGGAUGACACUGUAUUGUUGCCUCUUAUCUCCUUCACCCUUUCCUCCCUUUCCCACUCUGCUGGCCUGCCUUUCUUCUCCCAAAAGCUUUGGGUGCAAAACAGCUUCCCAUUUUGUGGAAUUUUUAUGUAGAAUAAACAUUUGUAACUGUA